AUCUUUGUCCAAAUUCUCCAUGACUGUAUGCUGCUGGCUGUCUUCUGUUACGUCGGGGUCGCAUUUUACUGCACGGGUCGUUCUCCCAAGAUGCAGACAGAAACUCUGGAGGCAAGGUGCAGCAUGAUGACUACCACUGACCACUGGAGACCACCAGGGACCCCAGGCCAGCCGAGACUCACCAUCUCUGCGGUCUACAACGGGCCCCUCCAAGCCGAGAUCUCCAACGGCACCUUCCACCACUUUUACGUCCCGGACGGCGACUAUGAGGACACAGAGGACCCGGAAAAGUGCCAGAUGGUCUUCAGGUUCUCGGACGGAUCACCAUGCUCAAUCGCGGAGGAGGAGAGCGACGCUAUUGUGCGGGAGGAUCUCAUCCUCGCCCGCCUGCAGGGGGAGGACGCGGCACGGCUGCUGGAGAGCAUCGGGCGGACUGCGGCCAAUGACCUGGACGGAGAGGACAGCUACGGACGCUUCCUCCGGAGGGAGAUCUCUCAGAUUGGAGAGGCUUUCUCCGGCGUGGACAAAUCUCUGGAGGAGCUGGAGGUGAAGUUCAAGCAAAGUCAGGAGAGCGAUCUGAGAGAGGAGCAGCUACUCAGCAGCUUUGUGCUCAAACAAGUGGGGGACGUGAAGGACACCCUGAGGGACACCAAGGACAUCUCAGCUGGACUGAGGGACAAACAGGAGCUGCUGUCUCUUAUUGUUCGCAGCCAUGGGAGCAGACUGAGCCGUCUUAAAACACAGUAUCUCAACCCAGGAUCAUAGUCUAAUCGUUAAAUAAGCUCGGUUUCUUCCUACUCCUUUUCGGACAUGAUUGGGGAAAGCAUCCAGCUUAAGUAUCUCCACUUCUUGGCAAUGUGUCAUCACCAACAUCAGCACAUUCCUCUGACUCAAGAGGCUUAAAAGUAAAUUAUUGGAAAAAUAAUGUUAAUAUUUUUACUUUAAUCAACUUUUGUGUGUCUGCUUUGUCCAUUAUAUUGUUGACAUUUUUCCAAUGGAAAGUGUUUUUUUACAUGUAAGUGGCAGACCUGUGUCCCUUUCAAGUGUCCUUUGUUAAUUGGCGCCUGGAUUCUGUCAACGUCCCCCACCUCCAUCUGGAAGCAUUUUACUUUGGAUAAAAAUACAUCUACUAAGAGACUUGUUAUUACCAACUGUUAGGAGUCACACUUAUGUUAAUAGAUGUGCUUGUCUUGUUUGUACAGUAUAUUUUGUUAAAAGUAAACAAUGCAUGGUGAGUUAUUCCAAAAUGGUGUUCUGUAUAUUUCAGUCUCGUUCUUUAAUAGGAAAAGUAACAUUGUAAAUAAAUUCCUCCAUUGUAAAACAGUAACAAAUUCACCAUCGAGCAAAACAACAUUAAGAGUUAUUCCUUAUACAUCAAAUAUAAAUGUAAGA